AUGGCGAUCCAGACCAUAAUGCGUCCACCCCUUCUGCGUCGGAGGCUACCGAGACUCCCGUUUCUCUUCCCUACCCGCCUAGUCUCAUCCUCCCCGCCGUUGAUUCGCAUCCAGAACGGAACCUUCUACGAAAAUUAUCCCACCCCAGAUGACACCGCGAAAAAACAAAACCCACCGCUGUUUCCCAACUUCACUUUCGAGCUCCCGUCAGAACCUACGAUCGGUGACAAUGCCAAGGAUAAUAAUGUCUCCCAGAAAUGGGCUGUCAUCGGCGCGAACGGCCGAGCCCAGCUGCUCGAUGUCCUCCGCGGCCAGUACGUCUGCUUGCCGCCCGCCGCUCGAUCCUAUCCAUACCUUCUCACGGACGAGAUUGCCAAGAAAGAUCCCCGUCUACGCUCUGUCAGGAGUGCCAUCCAGUACAUCGGAUUCAGCGGAGAGGGCUCUGGUGCCAUCGGCGGCACCCGCGGCGCCUAUCUGAGUGCCCGAUACGAGAGUUUCCGGGAAGAGACCGACUGGACGGUUCAACAAUACCUCAAGGGGCAGAUUUCGCUGAAUCCGCUAGAAGGCGAGGAGGAUGGUACGCUACAGGACCAGGAUUUGUUUGAACAGGUGGUGGUCGAUCUGCGCUUGAGUCCCCUCCUUGAUAUGCCAGUUGCGAACUUGAGCAAUGGCCAGACGAGGCGGGCCCGUAUCGCAAAGGCCCUUCUCAGCAAGCCCGAACUACUCUUACUAGAUGACCCGUUCAUGGGUCUUGACCCUCCCACCGUGCGAAGCGUCUCCGACUUGCUCCAACGCUUCGCCGCCAAGUCUAACCCCCGAUUAAUCCUUGCCUUGCGGCCCCAAGACUCUGUGCCUGAUUGGAUCACACACGUCAUGAUCCUCGGAAACUCAAACCAGGUGCUUUUUCAAGGUUCUCGUUCAGACACGAAGAAGCUCUUCGACGUCUGGCGGACCGUACAUCGCGGGGCCCGGCCCGACGAAUCAUGGACGGGCGAGGAAAGACAGUGGUAUGACCAGGCCAAGGUGGCCAUGAAGGCCGGUUACCUUGAUCGAACACUUCUGUGGGACCUCCGGAUCACGACUCCGACAUCGACAGCAUUUUCCAUCCCCACCCUCCCGGGUGGGGAGGCACUGAUCGAGAUGGAUGGAGUUCGCGUUCAGUAUGGCGACAAGGUUGUCCUCGGGGACUGGGAGCAAAAAGUAAACAACGAACCAAAGGACGGCCUGCAUUGGACAGUCCGUCGCGGUCAACGCUGGGUCGUCCUAGGCGCCAACGGGUCCGGCAAGACCACCCUGCUGUCACUCAUAACGUCGGAUCAUCCCCAGACGUACGCGCUGCCCAUAAAACUAUUCGGGCGCUCGCGUCUACCCGAGCCGGGUAAGCCGGCGAUAUCCGUCUUCGAGCUGCAGUCGCGUCUCGGUCAUUCCUCGCCGGAGAUCCACGCCUUCUUCCCACGACAGCUGACGGUGCGGCAGUCUAUCGAGUCUGCCUUUGCGGAAACCUUCCUCAGCAAGCCCACAUUGGACUACGAGCGGGAUCUUGACGUGAGUGCCACGCUGCGAUUCUUCAAGCCUGAGCUGGACCCCGACGCUGCGGUGACGAUGAAGCAACAACCGCCCAAGGUGCCCCUAGAAGCGCGGUCCCACUUCCCCAAGCUGAAAAUGGGUCAUGUGGCUCAAUUUUCUCCGGCUCCGGAUGACUGGGUGGUCGAGUAUGCGGACUCGAUAACAUUCGGACAGCUGAACAUGGCACAGCAACGCCUAAUACUCUUCAUCCGCGCCCUUGUGCACCGACCGGACAUUGUGAUCCUAGACGAGGCUUUCUCUGGCAUGCCGGCUACCAUGCGCGAUAAAUGCAUCCAUUUUCUCGAGGUCGGGGAGGCUAGUCGGGCCUGGUCCACCAGCAAACGCCGUGCCUCCCAUUCGAGGACCUGGCUCAAGGGCUACAACACCACCCCUUCGAAUGCUCGCUUCCUUGGUCUCACCGAUGAGCAGGCGCUCAUCAUGAUCACUCACAACUGGGAAGAGAUCCCCGACAGCGUGCGCUACUGGAUGCGUCUGCCGGCUCCCGCCGAGAAGGGCGAGGAUGCCGAGAAGUGGGAGGACCCUAUUGAUUUCCGCAUCGGGACGAUCGGGAGGGAAGUUUCCCUAGGAGAUCCGAAAUACUGGGACAUGGCAUGGCUACCGAGGACGGAUUUCGAGAAGACGGUGCACCGCAAGCCGCGUCGCUACGAUCUUAAACCUGGUGAGGAUGGAGAUGAGCGCGUUUAUGAAUGGUAUAGAAUCAAUCCCGGGAUCCGGGAGUCUCGAGAAGACCUGAAGAAAGCUGACAUUCAGGUAUAA